CUAAGAAUUUUGUAUUAAUAUAAUUUUGUUUAAAAUUUUAGAUGUGCUUAGUUGCAGGAAAAACUGUCCUAUGAGUAGUUGCAAUAAAAGUCUUCAAUGCGUUUUGAAUGGCAGCCCUUGUUGUUAGCGCUAACAGCUAGUUUAGGUUCGCCCGCUCGAUGAGCAGCUUUUUUAAGUGGCUUCGUUAGCUACACACACGUACACAAAAACAUUGCGUCUGGCUGUUUUCUAACAAGUACAAUUUAGCAGAUAGGCUUUUUGAAAGUAUAAUUGAGCGUCUGCUGAGACCAACCACUCUAUCGGGAUGGACUCGGAUAUUUUAAACAUUGAGGAUAUCGUGAUGGGACGGGCAUUACCUGAUCCACCUCCGGAAGUUCCUGCAGAAAAGCCAGCAGAACCACGUAAACCCGUCAGUUUAAAUGGACCUCCUCCCCCGUCUGUGCAGCCCUACCAGCAUGAAAACCUACAGUGUUUUCAGUGUUUCAUCACAUUCUGCAGUGCCAAAGCCAAAGAAAGGCACAUGAAGAAGAGUCACAGAGAAGAGUAUAAGCAACAGCUGCAGCAGGGAAACACACUGUUCACAUGCUAUGUGUGUGACCGCACAUUUCAAUCAUCUGAGGAACUGACACAGCACCAGCCAACACACAGCAAGGAUGACAAGCCCUUCAAAUGUAUUCAUUGCAAGGAGAGCUUCAAAACAUUUUCUGAGCUCACAUCUCAUAGAAGACAAGUGUGUCCAGAGAGACAGCUGGUUUGUAAAGAUUGUAAUGAAGUCUUCAGGAGUGCCGGUCUUCUGCGUGCUCAUCGCCUGAGCGAGCAUCCUCGCCCAGAUUUAGAGUCUGCAGAACAGCAAGACGACACCUCAAAAACCCAUCGAUGCGACAAGUGCGGUCAAGGUUUUGAAACUGAACCAGAACUGGUAGCUCACCAGGAGAAAAACUCCGAAGGCCAGCAGUGCAAUGGCAGCGCUUCAACCAAUAAGAAACGCGGACGACCUUCUAAAGCUGAAGAGCUUUCGUCAGUGAGUGUUGACAAAAAAGGCAAGCGUAAAAAGAAAGAGGAAGCAGAGACAUGUGAAGAAUCUGCAAAGGCCAGCAGUGCAUCCGAGUCGGCAGCAACUCCAGCAGAGGAUAAAGGAAAACCAGGCGGAGGAAAGCGAGGCCGUCCGUCUAAGGCAGCCUUAAAAUCUGACACGGAAGAAAAGAAAAGUCCUGAAGUUGAAAGCCAAGCUCCUGUAAAAGAGAAGAAGCCCAAGGCAGAGCCAGCUCCGGCUCGUCAGCACCCGUGUCCUGAUUGUGAUUUCACGUUCCCCACGCUGAUUCAGCUCCGUACUCACAAAAAGGAGAAACACACCCCACGCAAAGCCCACCCGUGCGAUGAAUGUGAGGAAAGCUUUACCCGCCAGGAGCAGCUGGAUGCCCACAUGACACGUGUUCACGCAGUUGGUCGCUUUUCCUGUCCAACCUGCGGGAAAAGUUUUGGUCGUGAGCGCACCUUGAUAGCUCACCAAAAAAGCCACACGGAGGAGGAGAAGUCUGAAAACCCAAGUGUAAAGAGAUAAUUCACACAAGGACAUUACAGAAAAGUGUAUUGUUUUUCAAGAUUUUAGCCAGGAAUUGUUCUUUUUUUUUUUUUUUUUUUUUAAACUAUUGAAAAUUUGUUGUUCUGUGUUAGUCUUUUAUGUAUCUGGAAUGUUUUUGAGAAUGACAUUUUAGCAAAUUUUUGGGUUUGACUGAUAAAACUACAGACAGACACCCCUGAAUUGACUAAACAGAUGUUGUUCAAUCACUCAUCAUUCAUUUGUCAAAUGCCAUCUUUAUUUUGUUGUUUUGACUAACUUUUGAAAUUUAAAAUUUCUGUUUUUUAGGUGUGAAUCGUGUGCUGUGUGAAUUUGUUACUCGAGUUGUUUAAUCUAGUUCAUGGUAAUUUUUUAAGAUUAUUUUUUUAUCAUUUUAAAACCAAUUGGAUAAACACAUAGUUUGAAGCAAAACAGAUUCUUAGCUAAAAUCUAUGUUAUUGUGUUUGUCAAAGGAAAUGUAAUGUACAGCUUCUCAUUCAUGUUGUGAAUUUUUUUUUUCACAUUAAAUAUUUCUAUUUUUUUUUCUCUUUCAAAUUGGGCCUUAUUGCAGAGGUAUUGGUAAGACAACACUUACAGUUUGGUAACAUUUAUUUUGGUCAUAUGCUCCAGAUUUAUGUGGAGUUUUGUGGUUUGUGAAAAAGAAAUCAUCCCCUACGGUCCCCAAUUUGUCUUGCAGUAAAAUAUUUUACUUUAUAUUUUUCCACUAUUUAGAGUCAUAGCUAAUGUCAUAGACAUUUCUAAAAUGGACUUCAUUGUUUUUUAAUACUCGUGAGUCCAGAUAGAAACUGUAUAUCGAGUUACUCAUUGAUUGCAUUUUUUUUUCUCACUGCAACGUGUCUAAACACUGCAAAGAAAUCUAAUAAAAACAUGCUUUCCAAAGGGAGGCUUCUGGG